CUCACUCGGGAUAAAGGAUAAAUUGUAUUUAUUCAAAUUUUAUAUUUUAUAUUCGGAAUCAUUGUUUGCAGAGUGAGUUGGCGGUGUGUUGAAAAUUUAUGUAUUUUCCAAUCGAAUGAUUAGUUGAAAAGAAAUCGCUUAUUUAUAAUUAAUAAAUAAAAAAUAAAAACGCGAUGCAACGGAACAACCUUUUCGAUUGUGUUUGCUUAGAUUCUUGUGAACUUGAAACUCAAUGAUAAAUGAUUACGUUCAUUCGCCAUCAAUCGUGACUCAUGUUCGUCUAUAUCGUUUUUCCAUUGGCAAGAACAAGGAAAAAGAAUGUAUUUACUAAUAUUUCAUAUUCUGACCUCUGCUCGGAACGAAGCUUGCUCGAUUCUGAUCGGGUGGGUGGUUAACUAAUAACCAAGACUAAUUGCGAGCGGAUGAAGAGAUAAGUUGACAGACCGGUUUUCACAGUCGGAUGAGAUCAGCUUUAUAGUAACUAAAUCAUCAUGCCAGCUAUUUAGCAAAUUGUGCAAAGUGAUUUGUGUAGAUCCAAUACGAUCGAAUACUCGACUCGACACGCCGUUUCUUUCUUCCAGUUCAUCAGUUCAUCAAUUGCGACGUACAUCCAACGUAUUUUCAUAACCAUGAAAGACAUCGUUGGAGUAGCGGGUUACUUGGCGGCUACAUACAUUGUAAUCCUCGCUGUAAAACAAUGUAAAUCAGAGUCGACAAAAUUUCCAUCUGUUGCGAAGGCGAACGGAACUGCAGACGCUGAUCCUGAGAUUCAAGAUGUCAACCACAACGGAGAUGUAUUUGUACCGUAUCAAGGAGAAGCCUUCAGCGUGUUUGAUUGGACACUUUUUAGAACUAUGAGCAAAAAUUCUACCGAGAACAUACUGGUCUCGCCGAUAUCUUUGAAACUCGUAUUGGUAUUGUUGUACGAAGGAGCUCAGGAUCAAAGUGCGUACGAAAUCGCUGGCACGAUACAAUUACCUGCUACGCAAACUACUAUACAAAAGAGAUUCUCCACUAUUUUGCAAUCGCUUCAGACCAAUCCUCCGGCGUAUACCUUGAACGUUGGAACGCGAAUUUACAUUGAUUCGAACAUUUCCAUUAGACAAAAAUACAAAGCCACUGUAAAACACUAUUACAACAGCGACGUGAUCUCCGCCAACUUCUCUGAUGCGCAGCCGCUCGUACAAGCGAUUAACAGCUGGGUCAGCAAUAUUACCGAUGCAAAUAUCGAUCGAAUGAUAGAGGAUGAAAACAGCGUGAAGAGUUCGUUGAUGUUGAUCAUGAAUACGCUUUUCUUCAAAGGAUCGUGGCGCCGGCAAUAUUUCCUCCCAGAAAACAUACAAACCGACAAAUUCUAUACGAUUGACAAUCAAACUGUGAAUGCACCUUUCAUGCGCGCGCUUGGUCGAUUUUAUUACGUCGAGUCACCUGAAUUGAACGCAAAAGUUCUACGAAUUCCAUACAACGGAAACAAAUUCGCCUUGUACCUGCUUUUACCACAGACGUCAAAUGGAAUAGAACAUCUUAUCAAUCAAGUUAAUCCUUUCGUGUUGACACGAUGCGUGUGGCAAAUGCAAGAUCUGCCCGUUAGUGUCUCCAUCCCCAAGUUCAAAUUUCAAUUUUCCAGUCACUUGGAACCCAUUUUACGUAAGCUUGGUAUCAACGAUAUUUUCGACGACACCGCGACACUAACCGGCAUAGCUCAAGCCAAACGAACUUCGCAACACCUUAAAGUUACGGAUAUUUUGCAAAAGGCUGGAAUCGAAGUAAACGAAAAUGGAACUACCGCUUACGUGGCUACUGAGAUUGAACUUGGGAAUAAAAACGAGGAGGAGGUUUUCCAUGCCGAUCAUCCGUUCGUAUUCUACAUCGAAGACGAGUCUACAGGAACGAUUAUUUAUAUCGGCAAAAUGAUGAACCCUCUUGAUACAGCCAGAAAAAUUACCAGUUCGAGUCAACAGUCACCGUCUACUACUACGUUUAGCCCAGGUAUACCAAGUGCAGCUUAAUUUCUUCCACUCGGUUUUCGUACCAAUGGAACUCGAAAAUGAAUAUGAUUGAAGAGUAGGGAACAAACAGUCCAAGUGCCGAAAAUCAAAUUUUCCAAGAAGAAGAAACUUACAAAACUUUUCUUCAAGUAAUCCUCUUUAUUUUUUGUACAUUAAUAUAGUUUUUAACAUUUAAAUGUACAGAAAACCAUAGAUAUGUUUUCUAAUAUAUUCUUUUUAUUUUCAAAUAGAAUAUAUUACUAAAGCGUAUAAAUAUGUCAGAGUAGAUUGAAAAAUUCGAUCUAUUUGGCAUUUACAGUGCUUCUUACAAAUACUCUUCAAUUGGCACUUGUAGGUUUCUCCACAGACGAGUUGGAUCUACCCGAGUAAUGUCAUUCUUUAAUUUUAACUAUUAAUAAUAACUACUUAUAUUAAAUAGAAAGAGAAAUUUCACUUACAUUGUAUCUCUAUUAGCACGUAGAAUAUUUUUCCACAGAAAGGGACAAAAUUUUUUAAUCUUGGUACUUACAGCAUCUUCCAUAAUGACUCUUCAAUUAUUUUUCUACUAAAUACUAUAGUAGCGGAGUUUGGCUAUUAUCCUAUAAAUAACUUUUUAUUAAUAUCGAAAUAAUAGUUUUUAAUCAUUGCACAAUCGUACAAAUGAACAGCUUUGUAUAUAAAAAAAAAAUGUAGUUAAUAAAGUAGAAAAAUCUUCUUUUCUUUGUAUAUCUCUUAUACUGCUGCUCUGUAUCUACGAUAUAACGACUGUUACAUGUCCUAUUACACACAAAGCUUUUUCUCCUAGGCAUACUUAAACACUAAGUUUCAUCUUUUCUUGUUUCGUGACAUUAUACGGUUCCUCGAUAACUUGUAUCAGUGGCAACAAUCUUUUUUGUCUUCCUGAUUUACACGAUGAAAGACAUAACCACAUAUGAUUAUUAAUGUAAAACUAUUUUUAGACUUGAUCUUCCAAGCAAACUUAAAUGCCGAAAAUCAAAAUAAUUUUUUUAAUACAUACUUUUCACAGGCUAUGAUCAAAAAAUACAAAACUGGAAAUCUAAUAGUAGCACCUGCGAGUGUUAAAGUACUUUUAACAAUGUUAAUGGAAGGUGCGAAUGGCAAUACGAGGUCAGAAAUAAUUUCGGUGUUAAGAUUACCGGAAGAUCAAUCAUAUAGAGAAAGACUCAUGCAACGUAUACUUGCAUCUUUAAACAAAAAUGAAAAUGGCACAGAAGUUGAUUUAAAUACACGAUUGUGGAUAGACAAAACCGUACGCGUACUAGAUAGUUACAAAGAUAUUCUGCGAUCAAGUUUUCAAGGAGACGCAGAGACUAUAAAUUUCGCGGAAAAGCAAAGUGCCGCAGAUCGCAUAAACGAAUGGGUUCGUCGUGCAACACGCAAUGCUAUUUCUUUCGUUUCGUUAUUAAAUGAUGUUCCACCCGAUACGCAUCUCAUAUUGACUUCGGUCGUCUAUUUUAAAGGGCGUUGGUUAAAAUCAUUCGAUAAAGCGAAGACGAAAUUGCAAUGUUUCUAUAUUCCUAAUGGAGAAUGCCGAAAAACGUACUUCAUGAAACACGAAUCACUCUACCGAUAUGCUUAUAUACCCUCCAUUGAAGCGCAUGUUGUAGAAAUUCCAUACUCGGAUGGUAAAACAUCGAUGUUAACAUUAAUGCCAAACUCUAGAGAAAAGGAUCCACAUCUUCGAAUAUUAUCCGAAGAUUUAGUUACCAUCCCAGUUUCCGUGAUCUUAGCGAACUUAAGAUUGCAAGAUAUCACUGUUCAUCUUCCGAAAUUCAACAUUGAGAAUAAUCUUGAUUUAGUACCUACCCUGCAAUACUUGGGUAUCGAGGAUAUAUUUCAACCUAAUACGAAUUUCACUAAACUGAUUUCCAACGGUUCGAUACAUGUGACCAGCAUCUUGCAAAACGUUAAGUUGGAAAUAGAUGAAGAAGGAACGCUGGCUGCGGCCGACACAGAAAUUACAGUUGGGUUCCUUUCAUCGUUCGGUAACGACGUUAAAAUGGACAGGUCGUUUUUGUUUGUGAUUAUCGAUACUGUUUUAAAUAUGACUUUGUUUUCCGGUCGCUUUGUCGAACCUAUUUAAACAAUGAUUACGUUAUGCUAUUAAAAAUUAUAUCUUAUUUCGGAUAAAAAAUAUUAACAACAUAAAUAAUUUUCGUUGUUAAUAAAAACAUUGACAGUAAAAAGAUAAUGUAAACACAAAUGAUAUUUAAAUGUUGCAUUUAAUGAGCGAUAAAUUCACAUAUUUGACAGAUCCUCUUUUAUUUAUACAACAGCAUACUUAUACAUCACAUAUAUAUACAUAUAUUCAUAUCUAAUAUAUUUCAAUUGAUAUUUUUCAUCUUUAUGUUUCAUACUGGUGUUUAAUAUGUUUCCACAGUUUCCCUUGAUUGACUUGUUCAAAUAUGUUAUCCGCAAUCAAAUCGAAUCCUCUUUCGAAUAUGAAACAACCCACUAAAAUGGACAUGGUAAACGUAGAAGUCUUUUUAAAAAGCACGUUAUAUAGAAAGUUAGCCAUUGUCUUUACUUUCGUUACUUUUUCCUUCGAAUAAAAUUAUUAACUUCACAGUAUAAAUUCCUUUUUAUCGUCGAUAACAGUGCCGUUACUUUGAAAUAGCGAUCGAAGCAAUGUAAAUGUUAAGUUAUACCUUGAACAACAUACAACACAGAUGUAUCACUCGAUAGAAAUUUUUAUCAUAGAUUUUAUAUUCUGCGGCAUUUACAAUCGAUAUUUAAUUCAAAAUCACCAGUCACUGAUAAAUCAGCUGUUUUACAACAUUAGUAGCAGAAGAAAUUAUAGAAUCGUAAAUGUGGUAUUCGUUUGUAUUGUCAUGUUAAAUUUGUUUGAUAUUCGCGCCAUCACAGAGCACAAGCAUUUGUGUGCGUGACAUACGAAAUUUCGCUUUAAUCAAUUUAGCGUGUUUGAAGCGCAACGAGUUAAAAAUAAAUAAGAAAAGAACUUAAAUUGUGCAACACAUUUGUUUCACACUUUUUAUCUGUGUGUGGUACGAAAGCAAAAGAAAUGAGCAGCCACGUCAACGUCUGUAUCAAUUUCAACUGAUAAGCAACUUGUCUUGAGAGUAAGUGACGGUGAUCAAUGCGCGUCAUUCUUGUUAGAGGUUUGUUAUUAUUCUGUCAGAGGUUUCAGAAGAUUUCUGUAAAUUUUUCGUAUAAUGAAACGUCUCGAGAAAUUUUUGGCAUGAAUUCAUUAUGUCGAUCAACAUGGAGCCCAAGGAAGAUGAAAUAUCUUUGGAUUCCAAUAUCUCAGAAACAUAUGCGGAGAUGUCGGUUCCCAUCGAAAAGGAUAACCUAAAAGUGAGGCGAAGGAAUAUUAUUGAAACGAUAAACUUCGUAUCGAAGGAAGAAGAUACUUCUGACUCGGAGAGUAACGUACCGCUCGUAAGAAUGUCCGAUUCUACGAAGGCAUGGUACAAUAACAUUAUACCAGAAAUACCUGACAUCGCAGAGUUUAGUUUGUCAGGUAAACAAAACGGAGCGUUAAAUCACAAAGAUGAUAACAGUUCAUUAGAACGUAAUUUUGGUGAUACAGAGCCAUUGACAAAUAGAGAACGAAUGAAGAUAAGUGUUAUUCGUGGAAGCGUCGUCAAUCCGAACCUGACAUUGGGAGAACUCAAACUACUUGGUUGCAGCAGCGAGGGUUUAGUCAAUGAUGAUAUACGAAGGAUUUUGUGGCCAAAACUAUUGCGGCUCUCUGAAGAAUCCAAUUUUUCUGUAACUGGAUUGGAAACUAUACACAGCCACAUACCGAAUGAGAUCUAUCAACAGAUAUUGAAGGAUGUAGCACGCAGCGGAAGCCAUAUUUCCCAAGAUGCCACACAACACGAGAUUGACCAUUUUCAUGAACAGUUGACGCAAAUAAUGUGUUGGGUCCUUCAUAAGCAUUCUGUGUUGAAUUAUUACCAGGGAUAUAAUGAUAUAGCGGCAACUGUUCUUCUUGUCAUGGGGUUGCAAAAUGGUUUGCGUGUACUUGAGAGCAUUUCUUUAGAAUUCCUUGAAAGAUUUAUGGAGAAAACAAUGGAAAAAGUGAAUCAGGAAUUAUUUUAUAUAUUCGCCCUGCUGGAAAGAGUGCAUCCCACUUUGUUAGAACAUUUGGAAAAUGUAGAAUUAUUUCCGCAUUUUGCAUUAGCUGAAUACACAACGUGGUACGCGCACAAAUAUGCGGAAAAUAGAAAACUUCUACAUAGAUUAUUUGAUUAUUUUCUUGGCAGUCCUCCACUGAUGCCCCUUUAUUUAAGCACUGUGAUCGUAGCGUAUAGAGCAACAGAAAUUUUUAAUACUACGCCUGAUAUGGGUCACACGCAUAAAGUUUUAUGUACUCUACCAGACGAUUUACCGUUUGAAACGCUUCUAAUUGAAGCGAAAAAUUUAUAUCGUGAAUAUCCUCCUGAAUCUAUAACUAACGAUGUUACGGAAUAUGAUCGAAAAAGAAAAUGUAAAGAACAGGAAUGGAAAGCAAAGGCAGAAGCAAGUCGUCAGGAGAGAGAAAAACAACGUCAACUUAGAAUCGUACAAUCAACACCAAGAAUACCGUAUCGUAUCAGAAGUUAUAAAACGAUUACAGUAGUAACAAUUUUGGCCCUAGGAUUGUAUGCCUUUUUAAGAUCUUCAUCUGGUCUUAACUGACAUUAAAUGAACUUAAUCUAUUUAGAUAAUAGAUUGAUUUUUUAUGUCCCUGAAGCAAAAUUCCAUUUUAUUUAUACGCCAUUAGCUUGAUAAAUAAUAAGACAAAUAUUAUUGGGUACACAAUGAAAAUGAAAUGGUGUAUAUGUGAUAUCAAGGACUUGAUAAUCUUAUUAAUCAGCGAUUAAAUAAAUUUGUUUCUAAAUGUGUUGUAAGGAACAUCUUGAGCAUUCCUGUGCUGCCUUUAUGCUGUGUUCUUUGAAGUUGAUAUGAACUUUUGUGCACAUAUAUUUAGUGUCAGAAAUGUAAACAAUGUCAUGAUGGGCGUAAGUGAAUGGGAGGAAUGGAAGGAACAAAACAUAUGUAUGCUUGUAAAAAAAAUAUCUGUAAUAUGUAUAUUUUGAAACAUUAAAAAAGAAUUUUUAAACACGAAAGAUAUAUUUGUUGUUUAAAUUAUUAUUGUGUCUACAAUCUGUGAUGCAACUAUGUAC